AUGGUCGCUCACCAUCCCCUCUCCCUCACGGCCAAACCUCCAUUCCAUCAUAUCUCAAUCCACUACCCCCCCUUCCCCCCACCCUUGCUUCACAAUCCCUCAUUAAUCCUACAAGCUAUGGCCCGUAAAGCACGCAUCAAGCAGGAACCCAUCCCGUCCUACCAACGAUGUCCAAUCUUCCAAGAUGACACCUGUGUCUCUCAAUCCGGGGAGACGGCCGAUACAAUUCUAGCGAUGCGCUACUGCCUCGAGCGGGGCGCGUUGGAUGUGGGAGUGGUCGACGUGGUGGGCUCAACAAUUUCGCGCAAGACGCAUUGCGGGCUCCACAUCAACGCCGGCCCGGAGAUUGGAGUGGCGUCGACCAAGGCCUACACCUCCCAGCAUUCCGAAGGUAUCUUGCCCGGAGAAUUGAAGCAUGGCCCAUUGGCUCUGAUUGACGAGAACAUGCCGGUGCUCCUGAUCAUGACCAAGGACUCUCUCUACCCGAAGGUCCAAUUGGCACUCCAACAACUCACCACCCGCAAAGGCUCGCCGAUUGUGAUCGCCAACAAGGGCGACACCGGCUUGAUUGCCGCCGACUCCACCCGGAUCUUGCGAGUUCCCCAAACAGUGGACUACUUACAGGGCCUCUUAGACUUGACCAUCAUUCCAAUGCAGUUGCUCAGCUACCGCAUCACUAUGUACAUGCCCUAUUUCUCUUGUUCUUUCCACUUCCCCCGCAACGAUCUGCUUCUCUUUUUGCGCGGCGCUUCAAAGCUUGAGAGGUGUCGACGUCGACUUCCCCCAAAACUUGGUCAAGAGUAUUACUGUCAAAUAGAGCAGCCAAUCAGCCAAAAACAAUAA